AUGCACUUUCUCCUCUGGGCAGGCACCACUGCCGCCUCCAUCCUCAGCAGCAUCCAACAGUCCCUAAUACGCCACCCACAACUCCGUCGCGACCUAGGAAUUGCUCCAACUUCUGCCAAACACACCGAGCAGGUAGAUGACAUCAAACUUAUUGACCGAUACCCAUACGGAGGCCAACUACUUCUAGCUCGGCAGGCACUUUCCUACCUCAACGGUGACAGCGGCAUCCUAGCACUAACCCUGCCAAACCUUGGCCUGAACCAAGUCGAACGAGUAAGAAGCGUUAACAAAUCUGUAAUCGGUUUCAAGAUGGCAGAAACUACGGGCAACUUGACAAAUGCUGCCAUCUUACUCUCAGAAGAAGGCCUGUUUCGAGCAUUCCAGCCAGUAGAAGACGCCAGGACACUCGGAAUGACCGCAAGGGAUCUAGCGAUUGCCAGUCGCCUGGAUCGUCGAGCUCAAGCAUUGGACCCAAUUCGAGACCAAGUGCAGACAUUCGCCCAACGACUCGAUAACGCUGUGGACACCAUUGACAACGGACUCGGCCGGUCGGCGCUGCUCCCGCUGGCGGCUUCUCUCGCCACAGUAGGGAGGGUCCAACGAAGAAUAAUGGACCUUCCUGGGCAAGCCAUGAUCACCGCCUCCUGUAUAGCAAAUCCCGACUGCUGCUUAAAUCCGAAUCAGUGUGUGGAGAUGUGA